AUAUAAUAGUUCGAGUGAGUCGGUUAUUAUUUCGGAGCACGAAAAAAAAUUUGGAUCGAGGUGUUUUUAUUUCGGAGCUAAACAGAAAUAUAUUUUGGAGCUAAGGAGUUAUAUUUUUUAUUCGAUACUAAUUAUUUUGGAGGACUACAAGAGAAAUGACGAGUCGAAAUAUAUCUUUGUUGAUAUGGUGUGAUGGCCGUAUUGUGAGUUCUCCGUGUGGAAUAGAAUACCACGGGGGUCGUCCGGUUAAUAUGGCGCUUAGCGAGAGAAUGAGUUUCGAAGAAUUACAAAAUAUUUGUAGAAGAGCAGUUUCUACCGACGGGGAAGUAGAAAUUUCAAAAAUCUACUUCCGGCUUCCAAGAAUAGUUGAGGGUGCGAUACGGUCGUACUCGUUGUUUUCUGUGGAGAAUAACGAGCAUGUGUUUGGAAUUCUGAACGAGGUCUUGCGGUAUCCGCAACUGGAGAUUUUGGAAUUGUACGUGGAAUACGAGGCCGUGGUUCGCAACAAGACUUUACUGGAUCAGUUGGUCUUAGGUGAUUCAAGCGGGUCUGAGAGGGGUAGUGGUGAAGAGGAAGAAGAGGAAGAAGAGGAUUUCUACGACAGCAACGAAGAGGAUGUCGAGGAAGACUUAGGAGCAGAUUCACAAUAUGAGUCGCAACUUCCUGAGCAUGUAAGAACGGCGGAUCUUUGCGACUUUGACGUCGCCCCGGAGGCUGAUGAAAAGAUUAUGUGGGAUCCUGGGGUGGAAUUCCGAGUAGGGAUGGUAUUCCUAAAUCGCGAUGCCGUCCGAGCUUGUGCGACUACUUAUUCGGUCGGGGUGGGAAGGGAGUUCAAGGGUCGCCGGACUACCAACUCCACAAUAGUGUUGGCUUGUAGGCAGAACCCUGUAUGUAAAUGGUGGCUGCGCGCUACACUUCUGCAAGCAACUCAGACGUGGACGUUGACAAAAUGUAUUGGCCCGUACACGUGCAAUCAACUGUUACCUGAUCCAAACCAUCGGAAUUUUGGGUCUGUUGCAAUCACAGACUAUAUCAAGGGUCAAGUAAAGCUGCAACGUGAUAUACGGAUCGAUACCCUCAGAGCUGGAAUUUGGCAACAAUAUGGAGUUAGGCCUCCGUAUAAACGAACCUGGAAUGCAAAGGAAAAGGCAAUAGCUGAUGUUUACGGUGGCUGGUAUGAAUCAUUUGCUAUGGUUCACAAGUUCAUGAACGAGAUGAUGCAUGUCAACCCUGGAUCUUUCUGGGAUGCAGAAGGCGCUGAGGUGUACACCGACGGGAUCCUUCAGCCGAAAGUCGUAACGUUCAUCCGAAUGUUCUAG